GGUGGACCAAUCAACCCUUAUGUCGUUUGCUGCGGAGCUUAUGGGCAGUUUUUAUCCUCAGCCCAACCCUUCCCUCAGUGCCCCGUCCUUUUCUUUCUCCCCACCAUCCUUCAAUCUUCAGAUCCUACUCCACCUCCAUCCUCUUCAUUCAAUUGCCAACUUGGACUGGAGUCUACUGGCAGAGCUAUUUGCCUCCUCCACCAGCUUCCGGCAUCUUCUCCUGGGACACCAUCUCCCUCCCUCAUCUGUUCCGGACCAUUCCUUCACCUACCUACCUCUCCUUCAACACAAUACUUAAGCAGCAUUGUUUCAACUCCAUUUCUCGAUAACAGUCUUUUCCCCUCGUAUCUUCUCUCAACGCUCGAUCGAUUGACCUUUCUUCGUACCUUUUCGCCCAUCCUCUUUCGCGUACCCAAUACUCCUCGUCACGUUUGAGUUCGGCUUUCUGUAGACGGGAAGGCCUAUGCACAACAUCUACAAAGCCACACGAGAAUCAAGCAUGACCAUUUAGGAAGAUGAGGUACGUUGUAC